CUCACGCGCCGGUCGGUCGGCUGUCUCGCGGAGGAGGGAUGAGCGCGGCAUGGCUUGGUCGGCUCGCGAGUAUUGCCAGUAUUGGGGCAGCUCUAGUGAGCAGUCUCCCGGACAACUUGCCAUCCAGUCCUGUUGACGUGCCAAGCACGCCGGUGGGCACAUGGUCAACUGCUGCCGCCCCAACACCCGUCGUGUGUCCCCCUUUGGUUUGCAACGACCCGAACGCAGUCGAGUGCGUGGUGUCCGCCGCCGUUCAGUUUCCGUGUGUGGGUUCGGAUCUGUACUGUGUGUGGGAAUCUGCAAAUGAUGUCGUUCUCGCAACGACCGUGGGCACGAUGUCGUCCCAGCCAACGUGCCGCGUGCACUUGACGUGGCACGUGAAUGGAUUGUUCCACAUGACGAGCAAUUCGUCCGUGUCGAUGACGUCGUUUCAGUUGACUGCGUUGGACUUGUUCAUGGACGACACGAGUUUGUUUGUGAUUGAAGAGACUCUGGCGGUGAACGCGUCGCGAAAGUUCCGCCUCGACCAAGACGCCACCAUCAUAUCUGGUGGAUCGUGGCCAGGUCAUUCUGGAGGCCGAGUGAAUAUCACGACGUCGUCGUUUGUCUUGCAUGGCGAAAUCCGUGCAUCGGGCGGCGAAGGCAUUUGCAUCGAUGGCAAAUGCACUCCAGGAGGCAAUGGCGGCUUUGUCACGCUUCUGUACACGUCCGUCGCGACUGAAACCGGCAGCAUUGUGGUCUCUGGUGGAGCGAAUCCGUUGAACUCGGACCCGCAUGCAAACGUCCACGCGGUCGACGACGACGACGACGUGUUGUGGACGGCCAACUGCCUGUCCGGGGCCGCCGGCCAAGUGCUUCGCAUAUUUGCUUCAAACAAAGGCACUGACGGCUACUUGGUCAUCAGCAAUGGCUUCAACGGCCCCAGCUCGAACGUUCGCCGGUGCGCCCCCGUCGUGUUUAACACUGGCAGCAUCGAUCCAUCGGUGAAACGAGUACUCAUUGAAGGCGAGUCGCUCGUCCGAUUCGACGGCACAACGUGGGGGAUGCAUGGAGACAGCGAGUUGAUUGUCGAGGAUGCCACGUUGGUCGGUGUGGCCGCGGCGCCCUUGCACGUGUUUGUCAAGCAGCUGGUGGUUCGCGGCACGAGCAUCUUGCAUUCGUCGGCCGGACUGUACGUCACGGCCGACAUUUUGUCGAUCGACUUCGGCGCCAAAGUCACGUGGGGUCCUCAAGCGUCGUCCAAGUUUGUCGCGUCGGACGGGGUUCAAAUCAAUGGCAACGUCUCGACCACGUCGACCAACGGCGGCGGGACCUUUGUCAUCCAGAGCGGCGGCAACCUGGUCGUGGACGGCACGAUCUCGACGCCAACGUUGUUUGCCGCGUCGACAAUCAACAUGGUCGUGACCGGCGUGAUUCAAACGAAUGCUCAAACUGCCGUCGACAGCGCCCAGUACCCGCCGUGCUCGCAGUUGGUGGGCGCGGACCCGGCGACGCUAAACUACACGUUGAUGCUGACUUCGCAAGGAUCGAUUGAUCUCGGUCAGCAAACCAAGCCGAGCUUGUUGUCGGGCAGCUCCAUCUUGCUGUGCAGCAAUCAAUCCAUUCGCGUUGGACACAAGUCGGUCGUGUCGGCGACCGGCCUUGGAUACCCUGCGACGCGCGGUUUGGGAGCAGGCGAUUGCACGGACGGGUCUGGCGGUGGAGGUGGCUACGGCGGCGAUGGAGCCGACUCUGUCGAGAUCCAGUCUGGGCAUGUGGACGUGGUUCAUUCGGACGGUGGCCUUUCGUAUGGGUCACGAUCGAGUACUGGGUACUUGGGCUCUGGUGGAGGCUGUUUUGGCGGCGGCACGGGGGGUGGCCUCGUCAUGUUGGGAGCGUAUCGAGUCGAAUUGAACGGAAGCAUCCUGGCCAACGGGCAGAAUGGCGUCGCCGCGCGUGCCGGGGGUGGGUCUGGCGGCUACAUUGGUCUGACGAUUUUGAAUGGCAUUGUUGGCACGGGGUACUUGUCUGCGUCGGGGGGGAAUGCGUCGUGCAGCCAAGAUGCGUACCGAAGCAGCGCCAACGCGACGACGUGGACGUGUGGCGGCGGAGGUGGCGGCGGUCGACUGCGCCUGUUGGGGUGCGAGAAUUUCAACGAUUGCACGACAAACUUUUCAGGCACGUAUUCCGUGAUGGGUGGCAAAGCCGACAAGGAAACGGCGCGAGCCAGCAUUGGCACGUACUUUGGGUUUCCGUGCCCUCCAGGAUACGGUGGCUUGAUGUGCCGGGUAUGCGACAAAGGGUCGUUCAAGCAAGAGCGCGGCAGCUCCGAGUGCUUGGUGUGCAAAAACAGUCCCGUCAACGCGCAUUAUACCCACAACGGGUCGACGUCGUCCGAGUGCUUGUGGUCGUGUGACCCGGGCUACACUGGCAUCCAUUGCCUAUCGCCUUUGGAUGACUUUUUCGACAUGUUUGGCGGCAAGCUCGUGUUUUUUGUGGUGGCUUUUGGGGCCCUCGUGUCGAUUGUGGUCGCAGGAUAUCUGUGCAAGAAGGACCUGUACACACCAGACAAGUCGUCGUCGAACGUGCUGGAGAAGGACCACUUGUUGGCCAAGCGUCCGUGGUACAAGCAUCGGCUGUCGAGGAUGAUUUGGCCGCGCGUGGGGUAUCCCAAAUUGCAAGAGAACGAGCUCAAGAUCCACAUGGCGCGCAUCUACUUGAGUGGCAACAACACGCAGGAGAAUCCGCUGCGGCUGCAUGCCGACGUCCCACGCGGCCUCGACCUCGUGCUCGACAAGGACAAGUUUAAAAACUUGGCCGAGCACGUGAAUUCGAUUUUGGCGUUUUCGACGGGCGGCAGCAUGCUGUUCAACCUGACCAAGAUGCUGUGCUACCCCCUCGCGUCGGACGUGAUGUUUUACCGGCGCCACAAGAAAUUCAAUGCGCUCAAGCGAUGGAUGUCCAAAUACAACCACGAGUGCAUGCUCGGCGCGCGAUCGCGGUCCAUGGCGAACGCUCUCAAGCUCGGGUACUGCGCAGACUACUCGCUGGCGUACAUUGAGCUGCUGUACGUGGAAAACAACCCGUCGAGCUGUAUUCCGCGACCUCCUGGCAUUGUCGGCAAGCCGCACUUGCCCCUCGUGCUGCUGUUUGCCGGGCUCGGCACGUACGAAUCGCCCUUGUAUCUGGAUCCGAACGACUUGCUCGUCCGAAGUGUGCCGCAGUCGCCCGAGCUGACUGCGUUUAUCGACGAAGCCUGGAUCGAAAUCAUUGCCGACUUGAAUGCGAUGCUGCGGGUCGUCAACGUCCAACAUGCGUCGCACAGCCUGCGCGACCUGAUGCGUGUCUCGAGAUUUUGCGAGCAAAAGAAUGGCCACCACAUGCGAAGCCAACGCGCGCCGAGUCUGGGGGGAUUGCGCAUGCACCUCGGUCGGUUUUUCACAGGCGGCAAGGACCAACGCUACCAGUGGGGACUCUUUCUCACGUGCGUCCACAUCCAGAAAAGCGUCCAGGUCGCGCCGUCCCUCUCGGCAUCGUCCACGAUUGGCAUCCGCGAACAAGCGCUGCUCGAGAAUCCCAACGUGUGGUCGCCCACAAAGCCGCCAUCGUCUGGGUGUCGCAUGUCGAGUGGGUGGAAUGCCCCGAUCGACGAGAUGCUGCCGAUUCCCGGUAUUUUGGUCAAUACCGACGCGUUGGAGGAGCGCCAGAACCACGUCCAGACGAGAAACCAACUUGUGUGCCACAUGCACCGCGUCGUUGUGCCGUCCAACGUGAUGAAGGCCACGAUGGUGACGCGGUCGUGGAUCCUGUACAUGACGAUUGCCGUGGCGGUCUUUUUGGACUUGGCCACGACGCUCGGCAUGCUCGUGAAUCUCAAGUGCGUGGAAAACGGCAUGGAAAUGCGGUCGUGCACGAACGGCGUGCUGUGGCCCGUGCUCCUCGUGUACCCCUUUGCCAUCAUCGUCUCUCCCAUUUGCGGCAUUGUGACGCUCACCACGUCGUCGCCGACAUUUGCGCGCAAGUACGGGCUGUGGAAUGCAUGUUCUGUCGUCAAUGUCGCCGUCGCUAUCGUGAUUUGCUACAUCGAGUCGGACAAGCUCGUCGCUCCAUACGUCACGCGGCCUUUGCCCCUCUUUCCUUGCGCCACGCUGGUCGUCAAGGUCGUUCAGGCCGUCGUGGUCGACUACUUUAUCGCCGACAUGGAGGCCACGCGGCGUCGACGGGGCUGGCGCGGCUUGAUGAAGCGCCGCGACUCGGACUCGAGCACGCCUCCAGCGUCCCCGUAUCAUUCGCCACGACUGAAUGAAGCCAUCCCGUUCAAGGAAACAGAGGCCCGACGGGGCAGUUCACACUAUGGCACGGUCGAGUCUAACAGCUUUGUCGUGCGAUGAAGCGAUUAGCUCUCUGUGCUUUUGCACAUGCAGCCACCACGUCCCGUGCAUGUGACGAGUGCGCAUCGACCGUACGUGCUGGAGGAACGAAAAAAGGCUCGAUUUCAUCAAAUGUACACAAAAUCAUCAAAAAUUCGUAUGGGGACGGAAUUCUCCACAUCGCACACGAAUUUAUGACAAAAACCAAGUUGGCUUUGAGAUA